CUGAACGACAAAAUGAGACUACCAGCCAUCUCUAUAGCCUCCACACCAGUGUGUAUCCCUGACACACUUCCUGUCCGGCAGAGUCGCUGCCUGGUGGUCACUCCCAUGAUAUUUCCCAGCAUCUCAGACUCUGCCCGGCUGUGGACAAGCAGCCAGAGUAUUCCAAGACUGAACCCUUUACAUCCACCUUUGGUCCCUAAACGUACCGUCAGCCUGGAGACGCCAGCUGUUCACCACCACAACCACCAGAGGACACUAAUUAUGCAGAGAAGAGAGCACCACAGGUAUCAUCAAGUGUGGAGAAAACCUUUCUAUGGAACCAGCACUGAGAGAGAAGAGUACAGGAAGGAGUUACGAGAGCAGUUAAAGAGGCAGAUAGAGGAAAAAUGUGCAGCACUGAAGCUGCAGCUGGCCAGUAAAGAGAAGGAAGCCGAGCAUUUACAAGAAGUGGACCGCCUCGCCCUGUCCAGCGAGAGUGAGCUAAGGAUCCGGCACAGCAAAGCAAUGACAGCAUACAGAGAUGAGAACAAGAGGCUAAUGGAGCAGAGCUGGAGGGACAGAGCACUAACACGCUCCCAGGAGACGCUAAAGGAGAGAGAGCUGCUGCGUCUCAACCCCAUUAACUGGAGUGGAACACUGAAAUAAGCUGAACCUCGACAUCCAGAGUCAAGACUUGAAACCCUGGUCUCGCUGCAGCAUUUGGGGCAUACAUGAGUGACAGAUGAAAAUGGGAUGCAACAUAUAUAAUAAAUGUAAUUAGUGUUGUAAUAGCCAUUGAAAGUACUUUAAAGGGAUAUUUCUAUGAUUUUCUAAACUGGGAAAAACCAAAUGAAGUUUGGCAUCAGAUUAGAGCAUCAGAUUAUUUCCUAUCUUACUUUAAAAAAAUUUUCUUAUCGGCUUUUUUUUUUUUUGGUAAAGUAUCAACAUUGAUACUAGAGAUAUCAUCUUUUUUAUUCUGUGCAUUUUUCCUUGUGCCUACAUUACCCAAAAUACAACCUGGCCACAAAUAGUUCUGUUGGAGAUUUGGGUGUGUUAUGCUAGGAAUGGCUAAUGUAGCCUUGAGCUGCUAACCUCAAGCAGAGAUGAGGAGCAGGAUACAGAGAUAUAGUAGAGUCCAACUCCACAUCCCAAUAUAUUUUUUUUUUUAAACUCGUAGUCUAGUCCCAAACAACAUUUUUCUUAAAUUCAUAUUUCGCACAGCUCCCUCUGGAGAUACAGGACAAUUUUUCACAUCUGCAGCAGCCCUCCCAAUAAUUCUGUCUAAUCAAUGGAGUUUCCCCCUUAAAGUAACAUAAUGCUCCUUUUUUUUUUUUUAACCUUAAAAUAAAAACUUCAAAAUAAUGUUGUUGGUGGAGAAUAAUGUCUAUUUCAUUCCCAUUUCAGGCACCUAACA